UUUAGAGUAGGCGUUGUCCUUGUUUUGAAGCGGUUUCUACGAACGACGUGUGGUUUGUAGCAUCGAGUUUCUUGUGGUUUGUAGUGCUUUCGCGUACGAAGCAAGUAUCCUCGCAACGACAGACUAGCAUGGCAGAGCCUGAGCAGUCAUUUUCACAGACGGAACUGAAGUGGCCUUUCAGACAGAGAGUGUUGUUCAAGACUUCUAUGCUCGAUAAGCGUCGAGUGCCUGUGGACGCGAUGAAAAGUGAUUGUCGGACUCUUUUGCAGGUCGCCCAAGGGAGAGUGCUCGCUGCAAAUCCAGAAGCUGACAGCGAGACCAAACAGUGUCUCAUCGACACAUCAGAGCAGAUCCUUUCAUGCUUGGACAAGGGUCUUCAGCUCCGGGUUCUUGACCCUCACAAACUGCCUGCUGUCGUGGAAAAUAACAGACCAAUGUUGAAGCGACUCAAAGAAAAGAAUGAACAACUUGAGAAGACCAUCAAAAAGGCAAAGGCGCUUCGAGAUGAACUCAUGCGGCAGGGCAGGCAUGAAAACGGGGACGUGUCUACGGAGAAAAUUUCAAGCGAUGGCCCUGGCGCAUCAGGACCACCUGACAAAGUUUAACUAGCAUCCUUCACAUUAUCUUCCGCAUCAACUUAGUUUUUUUAAACAUUCAUCGGCGUCAUGAUGCGUGUUUUUCCAGGUCAUCGAAAAGUGACUCAUGGUGUUCGAACUAAGUGGUCGUAUUCGGUUCAGACAGUCAUAACCAUUCAUGCUGCUCUGGUUUUAUUUUCUUUUUGUUAUUUAAAGUGUAUACUAGUACAAGUUGCUGCUUAGUUGUUGGGACAUGGAGGUUUGCAAACAGUUGUCUCUGGCCACAAGUAGAAUACAAUUUAUACUGUCAGAAAUAAAAAUAUACCACUUAAACAUUGAACAAUUUUACAUCCGGUAUUGUGCUGCCAACUGCAGAUAACAUGAAAUUGUGUUUACACCAUAGUUUUGAUCAUUCUGUUGUUAAUACCAAAAAGAGAGAAUAUAAGAUACAAAUGAGCAGAUUCUUUGUGUGCAUGGAACUCUUUCCAGAAUUGGAAGUGUUGCUACCUAGUUGGUAAAUUAUGUCUGCCUGAGUAACAUAGUCCUCUACACAAUUAUGUCUGUCCUAGUAACGUAGUCUUCUGCAUUACUGAAGCACUUGCGUUUUUCAACUUGCCUGCUGAGGAUUUGUAAAUUUACUUCAGCAUCUUCUUUUUAUCUUGUUGCAGCCAUGUUACUUGUGGAACACAUUUGUCAACUAUUUUUUAUUUUUGAAAAAUAUUCAUCUCCACAAACAUCAAUCAUUUGACUCGAAAACAAGAUCCAAGACUACAGUUGAAUUUAACUAUUAAUGUUUUUCAAGUUCAGAUGCUUCUAUUGUUUUUUGCCAUCAUCAAUAUAUACUACACUACUAUUGAUUUUAUCUUGCCUGUGCUGUACUAUGUUACUGCAUUUUUGUACUUGUAUAAGUGCUUUGCACAUAAACAAUGAAAGCUGGAGCCACUACUCUGUAAAGCUGGGAUGGCCAGUGAAGCUUACAAAUGCACUCCUG